AUGAAUCAGUUCAUUUCUUCAACAAACAAUACUUUUUUAUCAUUGUUACAAACCUUACGUGAUACAACGCAAGCCAAUACACCAAUGUCAGCUGUACAAUCAGCGUACAUUUUUUUCUCGGACGGGACCGAUGGAAUAGUAUUACAAAGUCUGGUCGAAUAUCAAUGCUCCUGUACAUCGACACCACAGUGCACCCUACCAUUACAGAUGUACCACUAUUAUUUUCCUAUACAGUUUAGUAUUCCGGGUUUACGAUUAGGAUGUUUUGUCAUCGAAGGAGUAUUACAAUCGACUUUAGAAUGUUUUUAUAAUCAAACAUGUCUCAACAGUUUACAAUCGUAUAUAAUAUCGCCCAUAUCAAUAAAUGUAAUACCACUUAAUUCAUCAUUAUCUAGUCAAUUUAAUGAAACAUCAACUAUACAAGAAGUUGUUAAUGAAUUAAUGGUUGAUAAAUGGAAUUUAUCUAGUAUAUAUGAGAACUAUUAUAAAGAAUGUCAACCAAUAAAAUGUAGUUACAGUUAUGUGGAUAGGAAUAAUAUAGUUAUCAUUAUCACUACUCUUAUUGGGCUAAUUGGUGGACUAGUAAAAGUUUUGAGAUUUAUGAUACCAAAAUUAGUGAAAUUUAUACCACGAUUAAUGAAGAAAAUACGAAAAUACUUCAGUUCGUCAAGAUCAGAAACUGAGAAUAAUGUUAUUGAACCGACUAUUGGAAAAUGGCACAAAAUAAAGAACUUUCUUCAAAACCUGAAUUUAUUUUCAUCAAUACCACCAUCAACUAAUGAAUAUGAUCUUCGGAAUCAACGAAUAUCAACAAGAUUAUUUAUCAUCGCAUUAGUUUUCUCAACAGCUAUUCUUAUUGGAUAUAAUUCACUUAUUCAUGUUACAAUGAUUGGUAAUAUUAAUUCACCUGAUCUUGCUCAAUAUUUAGAUUUAUAUUCACAAUAUCCACAAACAUUAACAUGUCCAUGUACUGAUAUAACGAUAAAAUAUGAAGAAUUUCUUGAAAUUGAUUAUACAUUACAUCAACUAUGUAGUAGUACUUUUGUUACUGAUGAUUGGCUUGAUUAUCUUGAUGAGGCUGAUACUGAUGAUGUAUCAUACAUAGCCGAUAUUCGAGUUUCAGGCAUAUCUAUGUUUCAAGCACUGAAAACAUUUUGUGAAUCAAGUAAUAAAACAA